AUGGGAAUUGGCACAUCAUUUAUUCUCCGGUUAACCAUAUCUAAAGAUGUAAAUGGCACUGCUUUUCUUGUAUUCAUGGGGGUGGCACUUUCUAUAACUGCCUUCCCUGUCCUGGCACGCAUUCUGGCUGAGCUGAAGCUCUUAACAACCGAUGUUGGCAGAAUGGCAAUGUCAGCUGCAGCAGUAAAUGAUGUGGCCGCAUGGAUUCUUCUUGCUCUUGCCAUUUCACUGUCUGGAUCUAAAACUUCUCCCAUUAUUUCGUUUUGGGUUUUCUUGUCUGGGUGUAUUUUUGUCAUUUGUUCAAUUCUAAUCAUGCCCUCAAUUUUCAAAUGGAUGACUAAGCGGUGCCAAGGUGGAGAGCCAGUUGAAGAGAUGUAUGUAUGUGCUACAUUAGCUGCGGUUCUAGCUGCUGGGUUUGUAACUGAUGCUAUUGGAAUUCAUGCCAUGUUUGGUGCUUUUGUUAUUGGAGUUCUGGUGCCAAAGGAAGGGCCAUUUGCAGGUGCUCUUGUGGAAAAAGUUGAAGAUCUUGUAUCUGGACUCUUCCUCCCAUUGUACUUUGUCUCAAGUGGACUCAAGACUAAUGUAGCAACAAUUCAAGGGUUCCAAUCUUGGGGCCUUCUGGUUUUGGUUAUUUUCACAGCGUGUUUUGGGAAGAUUUUUGGCACUUUCGUAGUGUCCCUUUUAUGCAAAGUGCCUCUCCGGGAGUCUCUUGCAAUGGCAUUCCUAAUGAACACCAAAGGCCUGGUGGAACUCAUCGUUCUCAAUAUUGGUAAAGAUAGAAAGGUUUUGAAUGACCAGACAUUUUCCAUUAUGGUUCUAAUGGCUCUGUUUACAACAUUCAUCACCACACCACUUGUUACAGCUGUAUACAAGCCAGCACGAAGGGUAAAAAGGGCUGACUACAAGUAUAGGACAGUUGAAAGGAGAAGUUCAACUACUGAACUUCGGAUUUUGGCCUGUUUCCAUGGUUCGAGAAACAUUUCAUCGAUAAUAAAUCUGCUUGAAGUGUCACGAGGUGUUCAGAAGGCUGAAGGGCUUUGUGUAUAUGCAAUGCACCUUAUGGAGCUGUCUGAGAGGUCAUCAGCCAUAUUAAUGGUCCACAAGGCAAGGAAAAAUGGGUUGCCCUUUUGGAACCGGGGCCAGUGGUCAGGUUCUAAUCUUGUUGUUGUGGCAUUUGAUGCUUACCAGCAAUUGAGUCGUGUUUCUGUCCGGCCAAUGACUGCAAUCUCUUCAAUGUCUGACAUGCAUGAGGACAUUUGUGCCACUGCUGAGAGGAAGAGAGCUGCAAUCAUCAUUCUUCCAUUCCAUAAACACCAGAGGUUGGAUGGCUCACUCGAGACUACUCGAACUGACUUCCAAUUGGUUAACAGGAGAAUUCUUGGGCAUGCACCGUGCUCAGUUGGAAUUCUAGUUGACCGUGGGCUUGGUGGAACUACCCAGGUAUCUGCAAGUAAUGUUUCUUAUGUUAUCACAGUCCUCUUCUUUGGAGGCCGUGAUGAUCGUGAAGCCCUUGCUUAUGGAGCUCGAAUGGCUGAACACCCUGGUGUCAGUUUAAAGGUUAUUCGCUUCUUAGUGAGACCUGAAACUCUAGGAGAGACAGCCAGAGUUGAUAUGGACGAUGGUUCUAGCACCGAAUUGGGAUCAUUGGAUGAAGAUUUCCUGUCAGAGUUCAAGUUGAAAAUAUCCAAGGAUGACUCUGUGAAAUUUGAAGAGAAAUUUGUUGGAAAUGCUGCAGAAACUAUCAAUGCAAUCCAUGAGGUGCGCCACUGCAAUCUUUUCCUGGUAGGUCGAUUGCCUGAUGGUGAAAUAACUUUAGCUUUAAGCAGUAGUAGUGACUGUCCAGAACUGGGGCCUGUUGGGGGGCUGUUGGCCUCUUCUGAUAUCUCAACAACAGCAUCAGUUUUGGUGGUUCAACAGUACAAUAGCCUAGUAUCUUUGGAUUUAGCUUUGCAGAUUGGGGAUGAGAUUUCUGGAAAAGAUUCAGAAUCUAAAUGA